UUGUUCGAUGAUGUGUGUGAAUCUGAUCUGUACUGCAUUGGACUGAUAUUUGCGCUUACCAGUUCGUGGUUUCAUAAUGGUAGUUACGUGCGUGGCUUUGUAAGUUUUUGCUGCAGCAUUUAGAAAGAGAUGGCCCCCAAGGGUGAUGGAAUACUUGAGUGGACAGAUGCAUUGGAGAGUGCUUUCAUUGACGUGUUGCUUGAGAAGUUCACAAGGACGCAUACUACAUCUUGAAAAGAAAAGGAUUGGCAACAAAUGAAUAAGGAGCUGGAAAAGCAAUUUCCAGGCACCACUCUCGGCAUCAAGAAGUUGCAGCAGAAGCUUCGCAGGCUGCGGACCCAAUACACGCAGUUCACUGAGCUUGUUUCGCACACUGGUGUCUGUUGGGAUGAGACAACCAACACGGUAAAGGCGAGUGCUCAUGUGUGGGACAAAUUUAUUAAGAAGAACAGUGGGUACAAGAGUUUCCAAGCAAAAGGCUUCAAGCAUUACAACUCAUUAAAUGAGUUGUUUAGAUCUAAGACAGCAACAGGUGCGUUACGAAUUUCGUCUGCAGAACCACCAAAGAGCCCAAAAACUUAUGCACGCAUGGAAGAAGACUUCCUAGCAGCAGCGGCAAAUCGGGGAAAAGAACCCGUCAAUCUUGAAGAGGGCUCCGGCGAUAGUGAUGACCCGGUCCAUGAGGUUACCGAACCUGUUGUUACAGCGUCCCGUCGGCAAGUGCGUAGAAGAAGUUGCAACGCUGACUCCCGAUUGCAAGAGUGCCUCGACAUGUUGAAGUGCAAUAUGAGCAGGAGGGAGAAGGAGAGAAUUUGUACCCCUCCGACAUCAAAGAAAAGUAAAUCUGUGACGAGCCCUCCGAAACCAGCUUCGGGUUCUAUCGAGGAGUCGAUGGCUGUACUGAAUGUUUUGCGUCCACAACUGUCCAUUGAAGAGUACCUCGUGGCCAAUGAUUGUCUAGCAAAGGAUGAGCAGACAAGGCGUAUGUUCAUGUGCUUGCUCGAUGAUACAAGGCUUCCAUGGGUUCGUCGGCUUGUUGCCCCUUGAGUGGGCAUGAUGCAUCCUCAACUCUAUCGUAAUUUCGUCUCGUUUAAAUGCUAUGACAUUAAAUAAACACUUCCCUUUUAUAUUUGUUGUGUGUGCAAGUACGUUGCUUUGAUUGUUUGCCUUGGUUAUAUGUGAAUGCUGUGCUAUUUGUCUA